AUGGCCAACCCACGUAUUGAGGAACUCCCGGAUGAGGUCGAGAAGAAGAACGUUGAGAUCGAGGAUGGAGAGUCUGACUCCGACUCCGAGGUCGAGGGUGAGGCCGAAUCUGGCGUCCCCGCAGGCGCCUCCGUCACGGUGCACUCGCGCAAUGAGAAGAAAGCCCGCAAGGCCAUCGGCAAGCUCGGCUUGAAGCACAUCGAGGGAAUCACCCGUGUCACUCUCCGCAGGCCCAAGGGAAUCCUCUUCGUUAUCAACCAGCCUGAUGUGUACAAGUCGCCCUCCAGCAACACCUACAUCAUCUUCGGUGAGGCCAAGAUCGAGGACCUGAACUCCACCGCCCAGGCCAACGCUGCUCAGCAGCUCGCCGCUCAGGAGGCUGCCAGCCACGACCACUCCGGCCAUGAUCACGAGGGUCACGACCACGGCAAGGGCAAGGCUGUCGAGGCUGCCAAGGAUGAGGAGGAAGAGGAGGAGGACGAUGACGAGGAGGUCGACGACUCUGGCCUUGAGGCCAAGGACAUCGAGCUCGUCAUGCAGCAGGCGAGCGUGUCAAGGAAGAAGGCCGUCAAGGCUCUCAAGGAGAACGACAAUGACAUUGUCAAUUCCAUCAUGGCACUCAGCAUAUAGGCUGGUAGGCUUGUAACGCGUCACGGCCGUGCUUACGGG